UAGCCUUUACUUUCUUUUAUUUUAUCUCAACUUUUUUCUUAAUUUUGUUUAUGAUCUUCUUUGGUUCUUAAAUUUUGACUAGGAAAGAAGAAGAAAAAUUAUAAAGGAAAAGCAAAGAAGAGUAAAAGGAGAGGCUUAGCUUCUUCCUUGAACUUGAAGCCAUCUUUUGUUCUUGAAGAUGUUUGAUUUAUUAAGCCUCUACACACUUGAAGUUUCUCACAUUCUAUCAACUUUUCUUUCCUUUUUUAGGAACCCUAGUAUUACUCAAACACUUAUAAAUCUUUGUUCCUUCUCAAAGUCCAUCAAACUCAUUUUUCAUGAGAUUUUUUCAACUAAAAAUGCUACCUUUUUUGGUUUUGGUUCUAACACUCUUAUCUAGUGUGAGUUCCUCUGUUUCAUCCUCUGUAAAUAAUGACUUUCAUGCUCUAGUUACACUUAAACAAGGCUUUGAGUUCACUUCUCCGGUCUUAGAUAGUUGGGAUUCUUUGAAGCCAAGCUCAUUUUGUUCUUGGGUGGGAAUCAAAUGCCAUAGAGGGAGAGUCAUCUCUCUCGAAUUGUCGAAUAUGAGUCUUGGUGGCUCUGUUUCCCCUGUUGUUUCAAGUCUUGACAUGCUCACUGAACUCUCACUAGAUGGUAACAACUUCACUGGAGAAAUCAGGAUAUCAAAUUUGAGUAGCCUUCGGAUUUUAAGAAUAUCGAAUAAUGUGUUUAGUGGGAGAUUGGAUUGGGACUACUCAAGCCUGGAGAACUUGGAAGUCCUUGAUGUUUAUAACAACAAUUUCACUUCUCCACUGCCUUUUGAGAUUUCUAGUCUCAAGAAUCUCAAGUAUUUGGACUUGGGAGGAAACUUUUUCUUCGGAAAAAUUCCUAGAAGUUAUGGGAGUUUGCUUAGGCUUGAGUACUUGUGUCUUGCAGGAAAUGAUCUUCAUGGAAAAAUUCCAAAUGAGUUGGGAUAUUUAACCAACUUAAAAGAGAUAUACUUGGGAUAUUACAAUGAGUUUGAAGGUGGGAUCCCAAAGGUGUUUGGCAACUUGGUUAAUCUAGUCCACAUGGAUCUUUCGUCGUGUGGAUUGGAUGGUCCAAUUCCUCCUCAGUUGGGAAACUUGAAGUCACUUGACACUCUUUUCCUACACAUCAAUGCAUUGUCAGGUCAAAUUCCAAAGGAACUUGGUAAUUUAACAAACUUGGUUAAUCUUGAUCUUUCGGCCAAUGUAUUAUCCGGGGAAAUUCCAUACGAAUUCAUUCACCUUCAAAAGCUCAAACUUCUGAAUCUUUUCAUGAACAAAUUACAUGGGUCCAUACCAGAUUUUGUUGCAGACUACUCGAAUUUGGAGGUUCUAGGGCUGUGGAGGAACAACUUCACAGGCCUAAUACCUCAAAAUUUAGGCCAGAACAGGAGGCUAAAAGAGGUUGAUUUAUCUACAAACAAACUCACUGGUAGAAUUCCUCCAGAUUUAUGUGCUUCAAAUCAGCUCACAAUCUUGAUUUUGCUUCACAAUUUUCUCUUUGGAUCGAUACCGGAGGACUUAGGCACAUGUUCCACCCUUGUUAGGGUGAGACUAGGGGAUAAUUACUUGAAUGGUAGCAUUCCAAAGGGCUUCAUAUACUUGCCUCAGCUGAAUUUAGUUGAGCUGCAAAACAACUAUUUGUCUGGAACACUAUGCGAUGACGGAAACUUCACCACAAGUCCAUCAAAAAUGGAACAGCUUAAUCUGUCAAACAAUCAAAUUUCAGGUUCUUUACCAACUUCUCUUUCAAACUUUUCAAAUCUGCAGAUCCUUCAACUUGAUGGAAACAAAUUCACAGGUUCAAUUCCUUCUUCGUUUGGUGAAUUCCAGCAUUUGUCAAAGCUUGAUCUCAAAUUAAAUUCUUUUUCUUCUCAGAUUCCACCAGAAAUUGGAAAUUGCUUUCACUUGACAUAUCUAGAUUUGAGCCAAAACAACCUUUCGGGUUCAAUUCCCCCUCAAAUUUCAAAUAUUCGUAUCCUAAACUACUUAAACUUGUCAAGAAAUCACUUGAGUGAGACCAUUCCUAAAUCUAUUGGCUCCAUGAAAAGCCUCACCACGGCAGAUUUUUCCUUCAAUGAUCUCUCAGGUAAACUACCUGAAUUGGGUCAAUUUUCAUUCUUCAAUGCUUCCUCAUUCGCGGGUAAUCCUCAACUUUGUGGAUCUCUUUUAAACAAUCCAUGUAAUGUUACUGAAAUCACAAGUCAGCCGGGAAAAUCCCAUGGCAACUUCAAGCUAAUAUUUGCUCUAGGCCUACUAUUUUGCUCUCUAGUUUUUGCUGUUGCAGCAACUUUCAAGGCCUGGUCAUUCAAAAAAAGUGGCUCUCAUUCUUGGAAAAUGACAGCGUUCCAGAAGCUCGAUUUCACAGUUUUAGAUGUCGUGGAAUGCAUCAAAGAUGGAAAUGUUAUAGGCAGAGGUGGAGCUGGUAUCGUAUACCAUGGGAAAAUGCCAAAUGGGGUCGAUAUUGCAGUAAAAAAGCUUGUUGGAAUUGGCGCAAACAGCCAUGAUUACGGCUUUAAAGCUGAGAUUUGUACACUAGGCAAUAUUCGACACAGAAACAUCGUCAAAUUACUGGCAUUUUGCACAAACAAAGAUACGAAUUUGCUUGUUUACGAGUACAUGAGGAAUGGUAGCUUAGGAGAGGCUUUGCAUGGUAAAAAGAGUGGAAUCUUGGGCUGGCAUUUGAGGUACAAAGUUGCUGUUGAAGCUGCUAAAGGAUUGUGUUAUCUUCACCAUGAUUGUUCACCACUAAUCGUUCAUCGCGAUGUAAAAUCAAACAACAUCUUGCUGAAUUCAAGCUAUGAAGCUCAUGUUGCAGAUUUUGGGUUGGCAAAGUAUCUUAUGGAUGGCGAUGCUUCUCAGAGCAUGUCUGCAAUUGCUGGUUCUUAUGGUUACAUUGCUCCAGAAUAUGCGUAUACCAUGAGAGUGGACGAAAAGAGUGACGUUUAUAGCUUCGGAGUGGUCCUCCUCGAGCUUAUUACCGGCCGUCGUCCUGUGGGAGAUUUCGGUGAUGGUGUUGACAUUGUUCAGUGGGCGAAAAUCACAACAAAUUUUCAUAAGGAGAAAGCGAAUCAAAUAUUCGAUAAGAAACUAUCGAAUGUGCCUCGAGAAGAAGCUGAGCAUUUGUUUUUCGUAUCCAUGCUCUGCAUCCAAGACAAUAGUAUCCAAAGGCCAACAAUGAGGGAAGUGGUUCAAAUGUUAUCAGAAUUCUCUCGUCAUAUUCCCGGUUAUCCCGCUUUAGCUUCAUCAGUCGUUUGUCAGAAACCCGAAAAUGAAGAAGUUUGUAUAAAUGUCCAACAAGAAUCACUGAUUUCAGUUUAAGAGAUUUACAAUUUGUUUGUUUAACAAUUGAUGCAUGUGUAUAUCCGAUUUUAAAAUUUAGUCUCGCUGCUAAAGUAUAGUUGCAAAAUGAAUUACUCCACUUUCUUUGUCCAAA